AAUCACAAAACAAUUUCAACCUUCAAACGGUGUGUACUGUGUGAUCAACCCACAACAAAAACGGAUUAAUUAGUUAAAUUAAUUAACAAGAAAUCUAAUAAUCAAAACAAAAUGUGUUCAAAAUUCGUUUGUGCCGUACUCAUCGCGUCCUACGCCUGCAUCGCUGCCGCUCUACCCUCACUGCAACAGCUGGAUAACAGCGAAAAGGACGUCAUUGGUUUGAUCAAUAGAAUCGACAGUGCCGACUCUCUCCCACUCUUCGGUGGUCUGCGUGUAGAACGCUCGGAAACUGGUCGCUCAUUCGGUGCCUCCGUCAAGGGUGUUGAAUCGGUUGAUGAACGCGUCGAACGUUAUCUAGCUACACACGAAUUGAACUUCGGUCUGCCCGGCGAUGAGGAUGAGGAAGCCGAAAACGAAUACGCCGGCCGUGCCAUGGAGGAAUCCCGCAGCAAGAAAAUGAAGAAGAUGCUUUUACCUCUGCUCCUGAUCUUGAAGUUGAAGAAGGCUGUGCUCUGCAAGAUUGCUUUCAGCAUCGUCAAAUUUAUCUCCCUCAAGAGUUUGGCCAUCUCUAUUUUGGCUCUGAUCCUUGCUGGCGCCACUUUCUUCAAGGACUUGUUGGGCAAGAAGAAGGAACACAUUACCACCGCUUACAUCACUGGCAGCCCAUUGAACGCUGAGAUCGUGCACUCCGACUGGAACCGCAAUGGUCAAGCUGCUGCCUCUGACUUGGCCUACAACCAAUAUGGCUUGGCUCAACCCUUCUAAAUGGCUAUAACAGCACAACUGAAUCGACAACGGCACAACCCGCCGCUAGACUACUUUUAACUAGAUUUACACAUCUCCUCCUCCUCUUCCUCUUCCUAUCCCUAUCCUAUUAUUGAAUACUAUGAAAGUUGAUCAUUUUUCAUAUUUCCAUAUUUUUCUAUUGAUCAACAUAAGAAUGACUAAAUUUUAGUUAAUUUAUAAAACUUUAUAUUUAUAAAUAUUUAUUUGUAGUCGAGUACUUAGUUUUUAGUUAGUGAAAACUAUGCGAUACCAAAAACAAAACAAAUGAAAAGCAAAAGCAAAUGCAAAAAUGCAAAACUGAAAAAUUCACAAAAAAAUAAUA